AUGGACACCCGGCCCGCUUCCGAGUACGCACAGCCAGACCAAACUUCUGCUGCUGCCAGUGCUCACUACACCCCGCAACCCGAGGUCCGCCCGACCUACACGCCACAACCUGAAGUGCGACCUAAUAUUUCGUCGUCAAACACCCCUCAGUCCGACUACGGUCUGAACCCUCCGCCCACCGCCCGCUCCCCUGCCUACCACCAGGACUACCUCCACCGCCCACCCCAAUCCUACGCUCCCAACCCUCAACCCGGUGGCGCGGCAGGUAUGGCUCAAGCAACAAGUCCGUUCAACCUGCCUACGGGCCCGCGCAGUCCGAUCAAUAAAUCUGACGCGCCCGUUCCUAUAGAUCCUUCUCUUCCGGCCAACAGCCCCACCUAUCCUCCUCCCUAUUCUCCCUACCAGCCUCAGGGGCACGAGAUGGCUCAGUACCAGGGCCACCCGCCCCCCCCCUCACCAGAUGUCUACUCUUUCGUCCCAAUUCCUGGUGCGCAGCAGCACAAGCGUCCCCGUCGUCGCUAUGAGGAAAUCGAGCGCAUGUACAAAUGUGGAUGGCAGGGCUGUGAGAAGGCUUAUGGUACUCUGAACCACUUGAAUGCACACGUGACUAUGCAGUCGCAUGGCGCCAAGCGCACCCCGGAAGAAUUCAAGGAGAUCCGCAAGGAAUGGAAGGCCCGCAAGAAGGAAGAGGAGGCUCAACGCAAGGCCGUUGAGGAGCGUGAGCGCGCUGCGGCCCAGGCUGCCCAGGCCAACCAAGUCGAGCCUCCCAACCCUUCCGACCCCUCCCAUGGACAGCCACCUGCCUAUGGCAGUGGUGUCCGUCCUCAACUCCCUCCUAUCGGAUAUCAGCCUGCGGACAGCCAGGUCCCAGGCCAAUACGGCGCCCCCCCCUGGUGGUGGCAUGGUCUACCAAAACGGACAGAUGGGUUACCCUCCAAACUACCCUCACUCUCCGUACCAGAGCGGACCGGUGUACCCGCAACGUGA